UCUCUCUCUCUCUCUCUCUCUCUCUCUCUCUCUCUCUCUCUCUCUCUCUCGAACAACAUCGUUUUCUCCGCUUUCAACACCCACCAUCUUCUCUUCUCUAUAGUUGAAUAUUCACUAGUAAAGGGGUCUUAGCAUUAUGACACAAUGGGAUGGGAAGAACUAAGCAAAAGGAAGUAUCAAGGCUAAUCAUGGCAACCUUGUCAACUGUGAAUCUCUCUCCCCAUUGCAUGUUUCAAACUCCAAGCAAAAAUCAAUCCACUAUUUCCACCACAGUGAAAUGCCCUUCUUCUCUGGGUUCUGUGAGGAGCGUUUCCAGAUCUUUUGGCCUGAAGUCAUCCUCUUCAUUCAGAGUCACUGCCAUGGCGUCUUACAAGGUUAAGCUGAUCGGCCCGGAUGGAAAAGAGAACGAGUUUGAAGCUGCUGACGACACUUACAUCUUGGAUGCAGCAGAGAAUGCUGGAAUUGAACUUCCUUACUCUUGCCGUGCUGGAGCAUGCUCCACUUGUGCUGGGAAGAUUGUUGCUGGUGCAGUGGAUCAGUCUGAUGGCUCAUUCCUUGAUGACAACCAACUGAAGGAAGGAUUUCUGCUUACCUGUGUCUCAUAUCCAACUGCAGACUGUGUUAUUGAAACUCACAAGGAAGGAGAUCUCUACUGAGUGACCAAUGCUGGCCUUGAAGUUGGGAAGUGGGAAUUUGAGGUAGACUUUGCAACUAGGUUGCUUGUUCUGCUUUAGAAUCAAUUUUUCUUUUGGGGUUAUUCCUUAUUAGUGAUUUGGGGUAAUGAUUUUUGUUUGUGCAAGCAAGCACUGUGAUCUUAAGUCGAUAAGCACCUUCGGUUGGUUUUGAAAUGUGAUAGUUUUUACGUGUCUUUACUCAUUGAGUAUAUUAAAAAACAUGUUUGGUUACA